AGCCCUAGACACGGUCUUGGCUCAGAGUAUACUAGCGAAGGAGCACCGUCUAAUUGGCAGCGAUGAUUCCGGUAUUACCGGACAGGGAGGGAUUCUUGCUAUUGCGAAUGGAUUUUGAUUGUUCUCAAGUUAUGCAAUGGAAACAUAGAGAAGUGGCGACUGCACAUGAAGAAUGCAGUGUAGCUUCGGAAAAUGGCAACGAGAUUGUUAUAAGGGGACUGACAAAAGGAGAAGAGACUCAAGCCUGAUUUACGGUCUUGAACACUCGAGCGUGGAAUUUUGGAGCCCGUUGUUGGCCAGUGGUUGCAGACAAUCGAGUGCCUCGUUUUCCAUUUCAGAUUGUUACGCAAGAACAAAUUAUACUCAAUUGCAGUGCUGCCCUGGAUGUAGAACGAGCAGAUUGGAUUCGUCACCUUCGAUAUGGAGCAGAACAAGCUGCAGCAUUGGAAAAGAUUGAGGACCAAUUGCUGGAAAUUAAAGUGCCCUUAUCUCCUGGACAUCAAAAUUUUUUAGAAAGGCAAAAGCAAGAAGUAAGUGAUCCUGGGGUCGUCGUAUCACCUCAAGCAGUUGUCGCCCAACUCCAAGCCGAAUCACGAGGUCCUGAUGACUGGAUAUCUGUCUCUUCAUCUAAACACUUUUUACUUUUUUCUGAAUUAGAUGGAAAUACUCAAACGCCGCACGACUUUUUCGUUGUUUUGGAGAUUCGAGCAAUUGUUGCUAUUUAUAAAGAUGAAACCUCGUUUGUUCACCAGCUCGCGCCAAUUUGUAAAGCACAAGCAGUUGAGUUGCCUGACAAAGUGGCAU